AGGCAGAGGUGGUGCUUGUCUUGUGACUGUACGUCUCAGGCUCGAGUCCUGCUAGUGUCGAGUUUAUAGUAGAAUAUGUGCUCUUUUAAUUUUGACUUUUGUUUUCCGAAUUUGGGUUUGGUCGUUGAUCUAUUUUGAGCAAGGAAGAAAAAUUGACUCUAUUUAAUUACUCCUUUCAAAUUGAUAAUAUGGUGGGUCAGAUAGAAAGAAGCAGGAAAGAGUAAUGGAGUGUCAAAUUGGGCGAAGAAUUGGAGUUAUAAAAUGGAGAUUGGACUAGGUAAAACGAGAAGCAAGCAGGACGAAAACGAGACGAGUUAAUUGGUGUAAUAAGUGAUAUAAAUAAGUACUUAAUGCUACUUGAUACUUUCUAUUGAAUAUUGUAUAUUGUAUAUUUUAGAUCCAGUAAUCAAUAUCUAAUACUGCGAUUUAAUUGAGAAUGACUAGCUAUGAUAAUGAAUCCUUUUAUUCUAUUGACGAAAACGAUUUCUUUUUUGUCACUCAACCAGUGAUUACUAGAACAGACAAUAAGGGGGAUACUAAUAAUACUAAUAAUACUAAUAAUAAUACUACUAAUAAUAUUGGUAAAAACGUUGAUAGGGGGAAUAACAACGAGAGCAGUGGUGGUAAUAAUGAUGGUAACGACGAUGAUAAGUCUUCUAUAUAUUCCCAAUCCAGCUAUUCAAAAGAGGAUUCGUUGUCUUAUUAUACAGAGGAUGGAUACGAAGAAGAAGAAGAUUAUUAUGACGAUGAUGACACUGAAUCUGGGACAGAAACAGAAAGUGUGUCGACAAUCCAAAAAAGAGAUUCGAGCUACUAUAAUAGAAGUAGCAGAAGGUUAGAUGUAGCCACAUCUAUUGUUCGAAACUCUUUCAAUAACAGUUUGAUGAGCAACAAGAAUAUCCCAGCAUACCAAUUGGUUUACUACUACAAUGAUACCCAGGAAAUCCACGUUGUUAAUAAUAAAAGCGAGAGUUUCACUCCUUAUACCUCCAAUUUAUUGAACAGGAAACCGAUUUACAUUGAGAUAUUGCAGGAGUUUCCUAAAUCAGUCAACCAUGAGUUGCUAAAAAGUAUUACUAAAAAUAAUACCAAGAUUUAUAAUAAUAGUAACAAUAAUAGUGAUGAAGGCACAGACGAUGAGUAUAAUAAUAAUAAUGUUAAUGUUGAUGUUGAUGUUGAUGUUGACUUGAAUCCCACUUUCUUCUUCAAAAGCUACCUAUACAACCCUAUCUACAACGACUUGCCGCCAUUCCAGGGAUUAAGAUACAACAACGAGUUCAUCAACUUGGACCUCCAGAAGUACGAAAUCCGGAUAUUUAUCUUGGAGAAAGGCUACCAAUUUGCGCGCUGGGUGAAACAGUUGCAUGGGUUCAUCUACGACUACAACAUGUUGCACAGCGGGGCCGCGCUCAGCCAGAUUGACGUGUUUAUGGUGGCCUUCAACAGAAUCUCCAGCACUCUCAAAAACUACUGUCUCCUUGUCGGCGUCAACUCUUUCCACUCGCUCUUGGAGGCGCUCAUGAACAAGCUUCUUAGCUACAAGGCUCUCAUCCGUCUCUACAGUCAGGAACGCGACUUCUGUCUCUCCUCUGGCGUUUCUGCCGCCAGCAAAAACCGCGCCGAGCACCAGCUCCGGCUCGGGCACUUCAACCACCACAGCUGUUUGGGAAGGCUCCUCAACCUUUUCUACGGCAUUCCCCUCAAGAGCAUUGUCAAGCACGAGCGUUUUCUCGUCGACCACAGCGUGCUCACCAAGACGCUCCACUUUAAUCCCUGCUUGACCAAAGACGUGGUGGAUGCCUUUUUCUCGAGCUGCAAGCCCAUCGUCGCGUCCCUCAAGAUCGCCAAGCGCAACCAGCACCGCGUUGGCACCACCAGCAGCACGUCCCACAACAGCGCGCUCCUCAGCGGUUACAUCUACAGCUACCACUACAAAUACAUUGUCAGCUAGAG